CAAAGGUUUGAAGUCUAUUGCUCCUAGUGGCGUGAUUCAGAUCAUUGUAUGAGAAUCUAGACUUUUUUCGCAAGUGAGAUCAACCACAUUUCAAAGGAUAUAAGGGCGCUCCUGUUUGGUAAAGAAGAAUCAUUCUCGAGCAUUACAAGCAUCGGAAGCACUCGCAGUAUCAGAAUCCCUCUCAUCAACCUUUUUUGCUCUUUAUCUCCCUUCAGAAUGACCGUUAGCCGUCCAGCUGAAUAUAAGGAUGUCCGCACUGCGGACCUCUCCACUAUCCAGUUCUCCAACCUUUUCGACAAGGACGAGGCGGAGCUGAAGAAGCUUCUCAAGGCUUGUGAGAAAGACGGUUUCUUCUAUCUCGAUCUCCAGAGCGAAGGCUCUGAGAAGUUCUGGAAAGACCUAUACGAAAUUGACAGCAUCACCAAAGAAUGGUUUUCUCAGCCAGCCGAUGUGAAGUUGAAGACCCCCACCGUAUCUCUCUCUCAUGGUUUCAAGGCCGUUGGUAACCAGUCGGGAGCUGUUGAAUCGCUCAAAGACGGCUUCGAGGCCCUUAAGAUUGGAAAAUUCGAGCUGGAUGGCCGAUGGGCGCUUCCUUCCGUUGCACAGGACAACCUGGUCUUGUUCGACCAAUUCACUGCCGCUUGCCAUUUCAUCUCGAAGCUGUUGCUCGACUGCAUUUCCGAUGAGCUAGGCCUCAAAGGAGACGCUCGCCUGGAGACCUACCACCGUGACGACUGCCGCUCCAAGAGCACCCUUUACUUCCUUCACUACCCUCACGGUGCUCAGGACCCGAGCCAGGUUGGCCAGAAUAUGCACACUGACAUCGGUUCCCUCACCAUCCUUUACGCGCCGCAGUGGGGCCUCCAAGUCUUCUCGCCCAAUGACGGAGCCUGGGAAUACGUCGAACCGCGACCAGGCCAUGCUAUCGUCAACGUCGGCGAUACCCUGCGGUUCCUUUCGAACAAACGCCUUCGCUCCGCACUGCAUCGCGUCUUGCCUCUGGGCGGAAUCCAAAAAGAAGACCGCUACUCUAUCUCGUACUUUUUGCGGGCGUCGGACUCCACCGAGUUCAAAGACAGCGACGGCGAUGAGUCUAGCGCUAAACACUGGUACCUGAAGAAAUACGAGAUGUAUGAGCUGCCCCAUGCGAUCCAAAAGGAAAAGACGACACUUUCUGGAGGAAUGGCCCAGGAACUACUUGCCUCGUUCUAGAUGUUCUGCCGUGGAAUAAAUCGAUUUAGUGCUGUUCUUCUUGUUUCCCCCCAGUUUCUAUCAAGCCGUUCCCUUUCCACUCAAAAAAUUCGACCAAAUAGAGUUGAUUGGCGAAUCCCA